AUGAUGCCUGUGAAGGGCAGGAGGGCAUCAAUUUCUACCUCGAUCUCGGCAAAAUCGACGUCGAGACCAGCCAGCCUCUCUAUCUGGUCCUGUAAUGCCACAGGUACAUACUCCGGUUACGUUGGAACCGACCCAGACGCCGUAUCCGCCUACGACGACAGGACCAUGAGAUCAGACGGCACAACCGACGACGAGACCUUCCUGCGCGGAAUCUCUAAGACAAACGAAGCGGACAUCGGUGAAUUCCGCACCAUCUUCGCCGGCUACUAUUCCUCCCGCAUGACCCAUAUCCACGCCACGGUCCAGACCAACUUGACAAACGAUGAUGGCAGCUACUCCGAUGCAGCUACCAAGCAUGUUGGACAACUUUUCUUUCCUAGGGAGUUAAUUAACUCUGUUUAUCAGUUGGCGCCUUACUAUGCUCAACUUACUUUCAACCUCUCGACCGUACCCUCAACGAUGAGGAUUCGGUUUGCCCUAUUGCUAAUGACGAUGGGUACCAUGCUAUGA